AUGCAGCAACAAGGGGCUGAAACCCCAACAGAUCAGCCGGGAACUCCGCCUCGCCCGCCUUAUUCCCCGGUGACGCCCGUGUUUGCUCAUCUCGCGCCAGUCGCCUCCAACGAGCCCUCAAUCGUACCGCCACCUGCAUCUCCCUCUCCAACCUCACACCUCCCUCCACAUACAUAUGGCAACUAUUCACAACCACCUCCUCCGCCCAAUCCACCCGUCUUCAAGUCACAGCCGCCACCUGUCCCUAUCUCCGAGAGCGAGAAUCCGGAUGCCAUCGCGCUCCGUUCCGCCAUCUCAAUCCUGCAAAUGCAGAAGCAGCAAAGUUUGCGCGACAUCCAGGCAUUGGAUCGCAUGAAAGAAGCUGCCGCUGCUGAUCCAGAGGGGUUUGCGCACGAGCUGGCGGCGGGUCGGUUGAAGACCGAGGACCGGGGUGCUGUGAUCCAGUUCUCCGAGGAUGAUGCGAGGGACGACGAAGAGGAUGAAGAAGGUUCAAAACGAACGAAUCCAGAUGGCUCAUCGGCUUCGAAUUUCGGCCAUAUCCCCGUUCCACAGAAUAUUGUCCGCAUGCCCCCGAUCAACUGGGCCAAGUAUCAGGUUGUUGGAGAACCGCUGGAUCGCAUGCACGAGGAGCAAUUACAUCGACCAAGCUCUGGGGAGCCGAGACGACAGCGCGCGCCGGAGCAUGUGUUGGCGUCGCCGUAUCGGCCGUUGGUAGAUCAGUUGGACGGACCGCCGAAACUCGGCCGUCCCAGCAAGGCGAAAAAGACUUGA